CGUCGUUGCCAUCAUCUCAGUCUUCAUUAUUUUCGUCAAGAUGGUCAAAAACGCCAAGUGCUCGAAAGCCUUCCUCAUUGUCUACAACUUGUUUUUUGUGCUGCUUGGCGGCGGCAUGCUCGGGUUGGGCAUCUACGGGCGCGUUGGCUACGACCAGUCGCUGAGCCUGCUCACCGAGGACAACCUCAACAACGCCUGCUACGUGCUGAUUGCAUGCGGCGCGGUCGUCUUCCUCACCAGCUUCCUCGGCUGCUGCGGCGCCAUGGCCGAGAAGACCUGGAUGCUCAAGAUUUACACUGUCAUCAUGACCAUCACCCUCCUGCUUGAAAUUGCCAUCGCUGUGCUCGGCUUUGUCUACCGCACCAAGAUGAACGGCAUUGUCACGGACCAAAUCACCGACCAAAUCACCAAGGCCAAAGCGGGCGACGCCAACGCCAUCAACCGCAUGGACGUGCUCCAGAACGAUUUUACUUGCUGUGGUAUCACCAGCUACAGUGACUGGAACCCCCAGACUCCUCCCCAGUCUUGCUGCGAGCACAAUGAGAGCUCCCCAACUUGCGGCUCGACCACUUCCAAUCUUUACGAUCGCGGCUGCGCUUCCGAGUUCUCGAGCUUUAUGGAAACCAACCUCCUCGCUAUUGGCAUCACUGCUGUCAUUAUUGCUGUUCUUCAGCUGAUCUCCAUCUCCGCUGCUCGUUCUGUGUACCAUGACAUUGAGGGCACCUACGCUUAAAAGUGCAACUCUGGUUUUUGUUUGUCCUCGUUUAGUCUCGAUUUUCGCGCUUCCCAAGUGUUCCUUUGGCUUGUUGCCUUCGCCUUCUACUUCUCAGAGCAUUGUUUUGUUUGUGCCUAGAUUGUGAGAUUUGCUCCGGCCGCCAAGGUUAGUUUCGCCAAUGAACUUUUGCUUUGGUUGAAAUUUUAUUUUUUGAAGUGUAUCCAACAUAGAGCGAUUCAAACGCCACA